AUACCUAUCAGAUGUAAAAAUAGACAUGUACACGUGUGAUUGUGAUGCCAUAAAUAUACAUUCGGUGUUUUUAAUUUUAACAUAGAUUGUGAUUGGUAAAAGGAAAAGGAUACAAGGGGUUCGUAAUAGAGCAUGUUUGUAUGCAGAAAACAAACAAGACAAAUAUUAACGUGAUUGUGUAUGGUUUUAACAUACUUAUUUAGAAUAUAUUUCCCUAAAGGCUACGUAUUACUGGCAAGCGCUUUAUGAACUUUAAUACACAAGACUCCCCACGUUAGAAAUGGGCAGGUCUUGUCAAACCCGGCUGGUCCUACUGGCUUUCUACUUAGUGCUGCUCGUGCACGUGAUUGCCACGUACCCGGGCAUUGAGGUCCAGGACGUCCCACGUAUUGAAGCCCAAAAGCCUAUUGACCCGGAAGUCUACAUGAAAGCGACUGAGCUGAUCACCAGUAAAGGCUACCCCUGUGAGAACUAUUACGUCACCACAGAUGACGGUUACAUCCUCAACAUACUGCGUAUCCCACACGGCCGGCAGAACCGCUUAGCUAAUGCUAUCCGCCCUGUGGUUGUACUCCAACACGGCUUGGUCGCCAGUUGCACCAACUUUAUCACCAAUCCAACCAAUCAGAGCCUCGCUUUCAUACUGGCAGACGCCGGCGCUGACGUCUGGUUGGGUAACAGCAGGGGUAACAUCUACUCCACCAAUCACACGCAUCUUAGCCCAAAACAGGACGAAUUCUGGGAUUUCAGCUGGGAUGAGAUGGCCAAAUACGACCUUCCUGCUAUGAUCUACUUUAUCCUGGCCAAGACUGGAGUAGAUCAAGUCUACUACAUUGGCCACUCACAGGGAACUACUAUUGGUUUUGCGGAAUUUGGAGAAAAUCAGGAACUGGCCUCCCAUAUAAAACAUUUUAUAGCCAUGGCGCCUGUUGCGCAAGUAUGGCACGCCGAAUCACCCAUAAAGCUGCUUGCACCUUUUGCUAAAGAUAUUGGGGUUUUUUUGACGUUGUUCGGCCACGGAAAGCUCAACAUUGAGCCCACCAUUAUGCAGUUCCUAGCCGGCAACCUGUGCAACACAUGGGGGAACUUGUUGUGUGAAAACGUUCUGUUUCUUUUUGGAGGCUUCGACUUUCAGUCUUUAAAUAAGAGCCGAAUCCCGGUGUAUGUGGCCCACACCCCCGCUGGUACGUCAGUACGGGAUAUUCUACACUGGGGCCAGGCUAUAAACUCCAGAAAUUUCCAGCGUUUUGACUAUGGGUCAGCCAAGGAGAACAUGAAACAUUACGGCCAGCCCACCCCGCCCUUGUAUGACCCUAAGAAGGUCAAGGUCCCCGUGGCUGUUCUACGAGGUGACCGGGACUGGCUGGCUGACCCCACGGACAUCGCCUGGCUCCUCCCACAGAUCCACGUGACCCAUGACGUCAGAAUACCCCACUACGAGCACCUAGACUUUAUCUGGGCGUUCGACGCGGCACCCCUCAUUUACAACACGAUUCUAGAUAUUGUCUUCUCAGAUUCUUAAACUUGUACCAGAUCAAACUACUUAAUUUUUCAGUGCAGUUUCAUUAAAAAUAUGUCUGAAUAAAAAAAAAGUGUCUGAAUAUUCA